AAAUCCCUCCGGUCGGAAAGGGACUAUAGUGACACAUAUUUGGUCCUUCUUUUAGGCCUAAGAGUAAAAACAUUUUAUAACUCCUUGGCCGAUAUUAAAAGACCUUAUUAAAAGAUGCCAUUUUUACAAAAGCUGAAUAAUUUUUGUGGCUGUGAGAAAACUGAUGUCCUCACAAUCUUUCGAGGAAAAUCCAGCUGGAAUUCUAUCACACGCUAUUGCUUCAGCAGUAAGAAGCUGCUGCUGGAACAGUGCAACAGAGAAAAGGAAGUGUAUUUUAGACUUCAUUGUGUGCUGGGGAAACAAAUAUGGCUGUCAGGUACUGGCAGGUGGCGCUCAGACCAACUUCAGCCUGUGUGGAAAAAAUGCAGCCCCACGCAUUUCAAUGAAACCACUCCGAUGACCGAUUCAAAUAACACGAUAAGUUUCCCGACUAAAAUCCUGUUAAAUCCUAUCCUAGUUCUAUAAAACUCUGUGUAGCAUUUUGGUGUCUUAUAAACCGUCAAGCUCAUGGAUUUAUGACUAUCCUCCCUCGAAAAAUGCCCACAUAAGUUGUUUGUUCAAGCAGCAAUUACAACUUAUAUUUACGUUAAUACAUUAUAAACUAUAAACCUUAAGAGGAUUUUAGUCUGUAAAGGUAUCGUGUUUUUCGGCCGCUACUGGCUGUUAUGACAGGAGCAAAAGGUGAUGAAGUUUAAGAGCACUAAAGUAGGAGGCAGGUUAGGGUGGUGGAAACAGGAUUUUCACCCAGGAGACAGGGGUUCGAAACCCCACGCCAUGAUCUUUUUUAAACUCAAUCAAGUAGUUUUUGUGCCAGGCUGUCCUGAUUCAUUUUCAGGCUUCUCACCGGUACCUUUCCACCCACUCACUCUUUUCAGGUAAAAACACAGCUGUAAAGGAUGUCAUAAAUUACACCCACUUGUUGUGAGAAAAAGCUGUAUAGCAGAUGAAAUUGAGACGGUAGAAAGGUUAUACACAAAAUCAAAGAAACCCAUCAUGAACGAAAGACCAACAUGUUGCUGUUGACCUAGCAGGUUGAGAAACAACUUCACUUUUAUACUCCGUGAUGAUAUGUCUGAAGCAUUUCAACAGAACAGUCUGCUUGUGAAGUUCUCCUUAUUUUCAAGAUAUCGGCCUACUGAUAGAAUAUUUCCAAAACAUUUCACUUCAAACAAUCACCAGAUCUUUUUAACACGCAAAAUCUGAAAUUAAAAAAUUGUGAAUUUUUAAGUAUAUCAAGUUAUUACCUUUUUUUUAUUACUACAGUGGAUUAUUGUUUAUUGACAAGUAAAAAGAGUUGUUGAAGAAAAUGUGCAAAAAUGAAUGAAUGAAGUUUGUUUCCCUCGAGCAACUUCUCUCCCCUCCACUCACUCCCCUUCUCCCACCGAGAACUAAUGGCUGAUGGUAAUUACAUUUAAUGAGAUCAUGGGGUCGUCUGCAGAGUGCACUUCUGCAAAUUGCUCUCAGCGUGGGGUCUGAAGUGGGAUAAGGUAGGGGGCGACGGGGCAGUGGAGGUCAGGGCCAGGAGUGUUUGCCCAGUGUUUUGGGGCCGGGACCCAAAGUGGCUUUACCCGUCACUCAGUGAGCAGUGAAACAUGUCGUGCAUUUGUCUGCCUUUGUCUUCCUCAUUUGUUUGUCUGGCAGAGAUAACCACACAGAGGUGGUGCCCGGCUCUAUUGUGUGAAGCUCCCGGCCCCCAUCUCCCCUCUUUCCCUUUCUCCCUGCUCCACGACUGGUCAUUUCGCCACUAUUUUCUGGCUGCGGGGGGUGACCCGGGCAAUUUAGUUAAUCCAUUAACAACUAAUUGUCUCCUCCUACCCUGUUGCUUGGACAAACAGCCCAGUGGGGGAUAAAGUCCAGCCCUGGUGACCUAUAAAUGUCACACUGGAAGAGGAGGCACCCACUGUCACUGCAUGGAUCUCUGCAGUACACACUUACUGGGACAUUUUGAUUUGGAUUUGGUGUGGAGCCAUAGCCAAGUGACUCAUCUUUUAUUUUGCCACCCAGGCUUGAGUUAAUCGUUUUCAGUCCCUCUUGCUUCUACAUUAAUUUUUUGGUGGAAAUGUUGGGGAAUCUGUGGAUGCUCUGCCUGUGUCUCUGCUUCUCCUGGACCCAAGCUCGCAUAUGGGCCUGGAUGCUCAACAUGCCUCACAGCCCCCCCAAAGAAGGAGCAAAGGCGCCUAGAGAAAGCACUCUUGUCGCCAAAGCAAUCACGGCUAUGUGCGACCACGACAGGGCCUGUGGACGGGGUUUCUCCUGUGAUCGACACUUUGGUCUUUGCGUUCCCCUGCGAGGGGAGGGCCACUACUGUCGCAGGGAUGCCCAGUGCGUCCGCGGACUCAGCUGCAUGUUUGGGAAGUGCCACCGCAGCAUCCCCAACGGGCAAGAGGGUGCCAGAUGUAAAGUUGACAGGGAUUGUGGGACAUCCAUGUGCUGCGCUCGACACCACGGUGAGCAGGUGUGCAAGAGACGUCUGAUCAGCGGGGAGAGCUGCUAUGUUCCCGAUGGCGGUCUGGCAUUCAGCAUAAACCAGAUUUGUCCAUGUGAUGAGGGGCUACUGUGUCGAAAAGACGCUGCAUCACACCAGAGAGAGAGAGAUUUUAUUUACCAGCUGGAACGAACAAGUUGGACCUGCCAAGUGGCCAAAUCUUGAUGCCUGCCUCAACAUUAAAGCAAUUUAUUGUGUAAAUAUGUUGUAUAUGAUUGUAUAUAAAGAAAUGUAUGUAUUUUUCAAGUAUGCUGUAGUGCUACAUGUUCUUUUUAGAGUCUUACAGCAAGGAUAUUUUUUUUUACAUUUUGACAAAAGCACUACUGUAUGUAGCUCAACAAUGCCUUACAGUAUCUUCCUCAUGCCUUUAAUGUUCUUUGAUCAUAUCUAUAAAUGUUUAUUCCCCCUCAAUUUAAAGAAU